UACUAGUACCACCGUACGACAGAGUCUCAACCAUCAAGGAUCGUCGAAGAUUAGAGGUCCAGAAUUUUUUUUUUAAAAUCCGUGAAUCCACCAGUGAAGACGACGAAAGUUGCAAGUGUUUAUCGAGUGCUAUCUGCUUUUUCGAUACGUAAGAGAGAGAGAGGCGCGAUACACACAUACAGAGGAUACCAAAGAACCCUGAAGCUGGGGAAGGAAAGGCAGAAAAGACCGGAAAAAGUCAGACGGCACAGAAAUUCAUUUCCCACGAUAAUUUGAGAAUCUACGACGACUUCUUGCGUUUACCAUGGCGAUGCAUACAAAACUGAACCCGAUUUAUGCCGCGAUUGACGCUUAUCAAUAUAAUCGUGCAAUAAAGUUGGCAUUGGCUCUUCCGGAUUCAAAUGUCUUAGGAAAGGCGCUUUUGGCGCACUCAUACACAAAAUCUGGACAAAGGCGUCAAGCUCUGACCACCCUGCACAAAAUUUUGAUCGGAGACGGGCCAACGUCGCCGUCGUUAUCGACAGUAUUCUUCGAGCUUCAAUCGAUAGUAGACCGAAAGAAUGCAGCGAUGGCCCCUUCUACCUCGGCCUCGUUGGCUCAAGGAACCAAAGCGGAACAAGCACCAUCAGCGAAAAAAGGAAAAAGAGGGAAAAAAAAACCAGUACAACAACAACAGCAGAAGCAAGAAACUCGGCAGCCGGAAAAAGAUUUGAUCGAUCAUCUAGAUAUAACGCCUUUUGUACCCGAAAACAUUCAUUUUGUGACCGACGAAGAUUCUUCAUCGCCAUCAACGGAAAGCAUGAGCAAGACUUUAACGGACGAGACGACGCUCGCCACACUGGCUGUAAGCCUGAAAAGUCUGAACCUUCCGCUCACGGCCUUUCAAAUGUAUGCCCGAGCUGCUGAUGCCUCACCAACAGAGAACUUGCUGACUAAGACAUUUGCCUUUGGCAUCUCCGCCCUUGCGGCGCCAUAUUCCUGGAAUGAAGACUCCCGCACAAAAUUGGAAACCUAUGUCUUGGGGCAUAUGCAAACAAUAUCUUUGCAGUUGGCCCGUGUAGCCGUUGCGGGAAAUGACAACGACACGCUCAUGCUAGCCACUAGCUGGGCCUGCCAAUCGGCGCUUUGGCAGCUUGAGUGGCUCCCGGAAGACGACAAACGCUCUAUGAUUUUGCCGCGAUUGGCAGAAUCCAUGGCCAAAAAAUUGCACCAGCAAGAAACCGACAGAAACCAGCAAUCAAAAGAAAUACAACUAUUAUGCCUCAGAAUUUUGAAACAUCAGUCCAAAUGGGAGGAAAUUCUCGAGAUAUUAGAAGAAUUGCCCACCAGUGAGAACAAGACCGAAAAUGAUAAUUGUUCAGUUCGUUUGGAGAAGGUUUUUGGAGUUGCAAUGACCUAUCACCAGUCCAAGCUCGAGCUGGCCACAGCCUUGAAACAUCUGGAUCGGUAUGACGAUGCGCGAAUCAUAUAUGAAGACCUACUUGAACAGCGACCUGAUGACUGGUCGUGUUGGAAGGCGCAUUUAGAAUGCUCAGUGAAUAAUAGCUGUAGUGUCGGCUUUACACGGACGCUCGCGAAUAAAAUGAUCAAGGACAACGAGGGGAAUCUCUUCCAAUUUCGAAGUCCGCACCUGAUGCUUCUUGAAUUAGCUACGGAAAACUUUCGAAAGGACUCUACUGACAAACACCUUCAGGUUCUUGGAUCUGCUAUUCAGCAAUACGCUGAAAUCUUUGCACCUCGUGCMAAUUGCACUAUCAUGGAUCUCGAUCAUUACUUAGGUUUCAUAUUACGCCAGAAUACCACGGCUGGUAGGAAUGUCACACUAGCAUUGCUUGACUUUGCCGAGUCACUUCGCAAGAACAGUUCAUCGAUAGGAGAUACCGAUAAUGAUGGUUAUUGUCAAAAAGAACACAAAAAGAAGCUGCGAGCAUACAUUUUUUCAGUGAAACUAUGCCAUAAAUUGAUAUCCGCAAACGACGACCUCGCCGAGAAAUAUCUUCCGAAUUGGAUCGAAAUAGUUAAGGAAUGGCAGUUGACGUUCUUAUUGAGUGAUGGAAUGGUACAAGAGGAGGUAUGUAUUUCAUAUUUUGCUGUGUCAUAAGCGAUCGAAUUGAUUAGUAUCUGAACAACAGGAAGGGUGGUGGCAUAAUAUAUGAAUCGGCGUAACUAACAUCAGACACUUUCAUUUCAAUCCCUUUUCUUCUUCAAGGAGCAGAUUCUGAAAGAACUCGAACCUGGGGAUGACCUAGCAUUAUUGGCAGUUCAGCAGUUACUCUUCACAAAGGAUUCGCAAAGAGAUAGCGGCGACGAAAACGUCAUGAUCUCAGCUAUUAUCUUGGAGUCAGCCAUUCAAAAUUCACCAGGCAAUGCAUAUCUGAAAUUUCUAGCCAUUGACGUCUUUCAUCGAUUGGAUGCAGGUACUCGAUCCUGGGAACACUAUCAAAAGGUAGGGCUUAAGCACAUUCAGCUAGAUUCCUGUAGCUUUUUGGCCUUUCCGUAUCUCUUUGAGGGAGGCUUAUACAACGAAGCCAUAGCUGCUAGCAAUGGGCUAAUGCGUUUUCAGGGAGGUGCCGCUCGUGAUUGUGGUGAAUUUUCGGCGAAGGCUAUGGGUUCUGGGACUCUCACAAAGGCAGACGAAUUUAUGGUUUUCCAGAGGAAAAAAAUGAAUCAAAGUUUAACAUUUUUGUAUUCCAAAGGACUGGUACUGGAUGCUGCGCCCUUGUUGGCAACAGAAGUUCCACGGAUGAAGCACGACGAAAACCCUUUGCUGAAGGGUGGAAUAGGAAUUACACAGGGAAUUGUAGGGGGUUCCGACGAUUUGGAACGGGCUACCCAGAUGGUAGUUGAAAGCCACAACCAGUACGCAGCCUUGAGUAUUGUGUCUGUUCGAGGCAUUGUCAAUGAGGACGGAGACGACAUAUCCGAUAAUCGCGAUCUUUCCAUAGUGAAGCAGGUUGGUAGCUUAUGGAAGCCCAAGAUACAACGCAAACAAUUGAUGGUAGUAGAGACGCUGAGACGAGGUCACAUUCAUGGGCUACUGAUUCGAGCUUGUUUGUGUGUCGAUGCGAUGAAAGGACCAAAGAAAGGAAAGAUCGUCAAGACAAGUGCACUGCUAGAAAAGAGAUCUCAAAGUCUCCUAGAUUCUGUGACAACAGCUUCUGAAUUUUUCGAUACCAAACUAGCUGAUGUUUAUGACGAAAGCAAGUAUCAGAAUUGUUGGCGAGAACUGUUGCAAGUUAUUUUGAGCUUGUGCCGUAUUCUAACUGUCGUCAACGCAGGAAUGCCAAUGGCGGAGAAUGUUAAUGAUUCAAUGGAGCAACGAGAGCAGCAGGCAGUCGAUUUGAUUCAAACUGAAACCCUGAUGAAACUGAAGGAGGUUCGCAACAAGAUUUAUCCUGUCAACAGUCCGAAAGUGGUUGGUGCGCUCCUACCUGCUUUUCUUUUGCCAAUUUUCGCUUUGUUUCGUAUGUGCUCCGAUGUCUGCACUGCCUAUGGGUGGGGGAAACGCAAGACAACCAAGAAAGUUUCGGUGGCAAUGGCCUCUGUGUCCAAAGAAUUCCAGGCUCUCAUCGAAGAUAUUUUGAAGCCCUGUUUGGGGGCUCUCCCGUCGUCCGACGCCGAAUCGCCGUUGUUUUCGAAAUAUUCACUCUCGGAAGAAGUGGAGAACCUCCUUGGCACGGAUGCAGUUUCUUCCACCAAGGCUGUAUUGAAUGAAGCUCAAUAUAGAACGCGAAUGAGAAUGGAACCUAUUCUCCAAGAGAUGAUCGAUUAUCUCGACGAAUUCAAUACUAUGAACAAAUGAUCAACAUAGUAAUUUGAAUACAAGUAUUAUUUAGUC